CACACACACACCCCCGGAGGUGGUCUCUUCCGGAGUUUGCUGGCCCUGCAGCAAAUGAUUUCCUCCACGGACGGAGGACGCCAGAUUGUCCCUCAUCCCUGUCGGCUUUUCAGGAGCUUGCGGUGCUGAGAAUGAGCGGGGAAGGCGAGAACCCGGCCAGCAAGCCCACGCCAGUGCAGGACGUGCAGGGCGACGGGCGCUGGAUGUCUCUGCACCAUCGAUUUGUGGCGGACAGCAAAGACAAGGAACCCGAAGUCGUCUUUAUCGGGGACUCCUUGGUUCAGCUAAUGCACCAGUGUGAGAUCUGGCGGGAACUCUUCUCACCUCUGCACGCACUUAACUUUGGCAUUGGUGGUGACAGCACACAGCAUGUACUCUGGCGGCUUGAGAAUGGGGAGCUGGAACAUAUCCGGCCCAAGAUCGUGGUGGUCUGGGUGGGCACCAACAACCAUAGCCACACAGCAGAACAAGUGACAGGUGGCAUCAAAGCCAUCGUACAACUGGUGAACAAGCUGCAGCCCCAGGCACGGGUGGUUGUGCUGGGCCUGCUUCCAAGAGGCCAGCAUCCCAACCCACUUCGGGAGAAAAACCGCCAGGUAAACGAGCUGGUUCGGGCAGCCUUAGCUGGCUACCCCCGAGCCCACUUCCUAGAUGCAGACCCUGGCUUUGUGCACUCCGACGGCACCAUUAGUCACCAUGACAUGUAUGACUACCUCCACCUGAGCCGCUUGGGGUACACACCUGUCUGCCGGGCCCUGCACUCCUUACUUCUUCGUCUCCUGGCCCAAGAUCAGGGCCAAGGUAUCCCUCUGCCGGAGACAACACCCUAAGCCUCUUCCUUUGACAUUAAAUGCUCCUCCUCCUA